AUGCGGAAAAGGUUUUGCAAGGCGAAGAAAGUAUUCGGAGGAGUGUUCGAAAAUGCCAACAAUGUGCAAAGAAUUGACGGAGAGACGGUUUGUUUGCGCGCGGGCGGGCGUAAAAAAAAAGAAAAGCACCGGGAUCGAGAUUUCGACACGAACCUCUGCCCUUAUCAAGGCUUCACGUCGGUCAGCUGCAGCUUUUCGUUCAAACUACAUUUUUCAAGUGGAAAGCACUCAAAACUCCUCAGUUUCAACUCUCCUCGCCAAGAUUAGCUUUUCGCAUGCGUAGCGGUCGCGAAGCGGCCACAGUGACUUCAAAUCUCAAUCUUACGAAAUUCUGUCAAUCACAAUAUAGUCCCUUCAGAUUUUGAAUGUCAAAUAGAAUGACGUCAUUCGAAAAAGCUCUGUGGAUGGCUCGCUCUCUGAUUGGUUUAUCGCGUUAUAGUCAAUGUUUCCCGACUUGAAAGGCGAGGGAGGCGGGGCAAGGGGAAGGACGCGUAGCGUGUGCGUUCGCGGUUCUUGGCACGAGUUCAAUUAAAUUGCCUCCGACUAUUUAAAAAGCUCGGCAACCGAUCUUCUUCAAUGUUUUCUACUAUUUUUUAAUGAACACAUGAACAUGAUGAAUAAUUAAUUGAAAAAGGAAUGAAAAGAGUGAAAAAAACGGGAUUUUCAAAGAGUCGAGGGCGGUUGAAUUGAACACGUGCCAAGGACCGCGAACGCACACGCUACGCGUCGCUCCCACUGCCACGCCUCCCUCGCCUUUCAAGUCGGGAAACAUUGACUAUACUAGGGGGAGGAACUUGAGCGAGGACUUGACAUUCAAAAUCUGAACAGACUAUAUGUGUCACCAGAACAGCCAGAAGUUAAGAAAUCAGAAUAAAAUAAUAGAAAUGUCAAAAGAUGGACUUCUUUUUUGCUUUUCAUUCAUCUUCUCCCUUUGAAAUUUGAAAAUAAUUCAAAAGUUAACUUUUUUUCAGAAGUGUCAUUUCAUCAUAGAGGAACUCGGAAAUGUGGUGAAAAAUUGGAGCCGAGUACUCGCAGUAAUUAAUUUUUUUUUGUUGAGGACUUGCUCGAAAAUUUAAAUUUAAAAUUUUGUCUUCCGGAAAAAAUGUCUAGAUUCAACCUUAUCUCUUGGUUUCAAAACACCAACAGCCUUAUGGAAAAAAAAGGUUGAGAAAGCAAAAAAAGCACAUUUUCCCGUUUUUUGCAUUGAGGACAUCAACUUUUUGUUUCCCAAUAUCGCGCUUUCAAUGAAAAACAAGUAGGUGAACAACUGUUGGUAAGCAAGGACUUCUUAAGAUUUUCUAGAGUUCUAAAAAAAAUCGAGGAAGUGAAAAAUUGAGGAACUGAGAAAACUCCUCGGACAAGUGAAUUAAUUUAAUUGGAUGUAAACACGUAUUACAGGGUUAGAAGCUCAUCGAAAAUGUUGAAGAGAGCGGAAACAAGAAAUUGUGGUUCAGAGGUGAAGGUUGGUCGGUGCUGGGAAAUAUGGGUGUCGUUGAGGGCGGCAAAAACAAGGAGGAGAAGCUCGAGAGCAGACGGCGGCAUCGAUCGCUGAUUAUCGUCGACAGUUGGUCCGACACUUGCUUGAGCGCCGUCCUCACGUUGGGGCCGACACGCACCCCGAAGCUUUAA